AUGGAAGACUCCGGACUGAAAAAGACGCCAGCGAUUGCUGCUCGCGAGACGGGUAUGGAGGAACAUUGCUUACUUUGUUUAUACUGAACAUAAAGGUAAAGGGACCCCUGACCAUUAGGUCCAGUCGUGGCCGACUCUGGGGUUGCGGCGCUCAUCUCGCUUUAUUGGCCGAGGGAGCCGGCGUACAGCUUCCGGGUCAUGUGGCCAGCAGGACUGAGCCGCUUCUGGCGAACCAGAGCAGCGCACGGAAACGCCGUUUACCUUCCCGCCGGAGCGGUACCUAUUUAUCUACUUGCACUUUGCCGUGCUUUUGAACUGCUAGGUGGGCAGGAGCAGGGACCGAGCAACGGGAGCUCACCCCGUCGCAGGGAUUCGAACCGCCGACCUUCUGAUCGGCAAGUCCUAGGCUCUGUGGUUUAAUCCACAGCGCCACCCGUGUCCCUUAUACUGAACAUGGCAACGUACUAAACCUCUAAGCAGAGCCGUCUUUCCCGUUGGUGUUAGUGGUGCGUCGCGCCAGGGCGCCGGCCUCUCAGGGGCGCCCUAGCGAGUAGGGGAGCUGUGCGGCUUUGUCGGCAGCCUCCCCUUUCCCUGCACGCCUGCCAGCUGCGCCCCGCCAACUAUAUGGCUGGCGGGAGGCAUGCAGCUUCCUUCCCAAGCCUUCGUGGGAGGAGAGGGAUCACCGCAGAGGCUUAGGAUGAAAGCUGCGUGGCAGUAAAGAGCGCUAUGCGCUCCCUGCUCAUAUUAUGGGCAGAUGGAUCCAGCAUUUCAGAAGUUUUAAAGUUUGCUUCUGGAAUGGAAGACUAAAGAUGAACAGGUUAAAUCUGUAAUGAUACACUGGGUAAUAAUAAUAAUAAUUUCUUAUACCCCUCCGGUCUGACCAGGCCUCCCUAGCCACUCUGGGCGGCUCCCAACAGAAUAUUAAAAACACGAUAAAACAUCAAACUUUAAAAAAUUCCCUAAACAGGGCUCCUAAAAGUCAGAUAGUUGUUUAUUUCCUUGACAUCUGGUAGGAGGGCAUUCCAAUAGGGAGGGUGCCACCACCGAGAAGGUCCGGCAGGGAUUUGGGCUAAAGAUCUGGGGCACAUAAAGUUAUGGAAAACUGACUUGAAAUUCUCAGCAUGUUGUAGGCUGAAAGAAAACUGUAUGAAAAUGAUGUGCCGGUGGUAUUUGACCCCUAGUAAGUUAGCAAAAAUGUACAAGACAAGUACAAAUACCUUCCGGGAAGGUAAAGAAAAAGAAGGUACCUUUUAUCAUUUGUGAGGUAAUAAAAGCAUUCUGGGAGAUAAUAUGCAGUCGUACCUUGUUUUGCGACUGGGAUCCAAAAAGGAAUACGCGAGCGGCAAACCUGGAAGUAACCCUUUCCGGUACUUCCAGGUUUGCCAUGGACGUUCGCCGGAAUGGACACUAGACAAGGCGGAUGUUCGUGGAGGUAAUGGAAUGGGCGGGGGGAAUGUUUAAAAUAACCUUUAUAUAAAAAAACCAGAAUCUUUUUUAUUAGGAGUUGUAGGUAAAGGUAAAGGUAAAGGUAAAGGUAAAGGGACUCCUGACCAUUAGGUCCAGUCGUGGCCGACUCUGGGGUUGCGGCGCUCAUCUCGCUUUACUGGCCAAGGGAGCCGGCGUACAGCUUCCGGGUCAUGUGGCCAGCAGGACUAAGCUACUUCUGGCGAACCAGAGCAGCGCACGGAAACGCAGUUUACUUUCCUGCCGGAGCGGUACCUAUUUAUCUACUUGCACUUUGAUGUGCUUUCGAACUGCUAGGUUGGCAGGAGCAGGGACCGAGCAACAGGAGCUCACCCCGUUGCGGGGAUUCGAACUGCUGACCUUCUGAUCGGCAAGCCCUAAGCUCUGUGUUUUAACCCACAGCGCCACCUGUGUCCCUAACCAGAGGUACCACUGUAUAUAAAAAAAACAGAAGCUUUUUUAUUAGGAGUUGUAGGUACUGAUACCCCAAAGGACCAGAAAAGACUUUUUAUGUAUGCAAUGACAGCUGCACGGAUGUUACGAGCCCAAAGUUUCUACCAAACGCAGCUCUAGGAACUGCCAAGUUCGUCAGAAGCCUGAAAGGAGCUUGUCAAUAUGAUGAUCAACAGCACGAUAUGUGCCUCUAAAAGCUUCUGGGGUCCACGUGGGGUGACUGGGGAGGCCCACUCUGUUUCCCCCUGCUACAGGAAUCGAAUGUGUGCCUUUUCCAGGUUUUUGGCGAGAGCGCCGUCCAAAGAUAGAGCUUCGUGUGAUAAUAAGCUGUUCUGGAUUCUCUGUUGUAAUUUGUGGGGCAGAGGAAUUGUGGGCAGCAGGGACGGGAAGGUGUUUCGCUGACAUUCUCUGAGGGCAGGAGAAAGUCUGUAGACAGCUUCUCAGCAGUGCGGGGGAGUUAGCAGUGGCAGGAACACAGCUGAAGAACACUCUCCUAUUCCAAAGACCUAUUCCAAAGACCUUUGUUGGCAAAGGUCUUGCCAACAAAGGUCCGUAUAGUAAAAGCUAUGGUUUUCCCAGUAGUGAUGUAUGGAAGUGAGAGCUGGACCAUCAAGAAGGCUGAUCGCCAAAGAAUGGAUGCUUUUGAAUUCUGGUGCUGGAGGAGACUCUUGAGAGUCCAUGGACUGCAAGAAGAUCAAACCUCUCCAUUCUGAAGGAAAUCAGCCCUGAGUGCUCACCGGAAGGACAGAUCCUGAAGCUGAGGCUCUAAGACUUUGGCCACCUCAUGAGAAGAGAAGACUCUCUGGAAAAGACCCUGAUGUUGGGAAAGAUGGAGGGCACAAGGAGAAGGGGACGACAGAGGACGAGAUGGUGGGACAGUGUUCUCAGGCUACCAGCAUGAGUUUGACCCAACUGCGGGAGGCAGUGGAAGACAGGAGUGCCUGGCAUGCUCUGGUCCAGGGGGUCACGAAGAGUCGGACACGACUAAACGACUAAGCAACAACAGCAACAUUCCAAAGACGCGGGUGGCGCUGUGGUCUAAACCACUGAGCCUCUUGAGCUUGCAGAUCAGAAGGUCAGCAGUUCGACGGGGUGAGCUCCCAUUGCUCCGUCCCAGCUCCUGCCAACCUUGCAGUUCGAAAGCACACCAGUGCAAGUAGAUCAAUAGGUACCACUGCAGCUGGAAGGUAAACGGUGUCUCCAUGCACUCUGGUUUCUGUCACGGUGUCCUGUGGUGCCAGAAGUGGUUUAGUCCUGCUGGGCACAUUCUUAGUCACUGAAACCUGUUUCUAAAAUGUUCCCCCCCCCCUCUUCAUAUACCAUGCCAGGCCCCGGACCGGGAUGCUACACCUUGCCCCCCACAGUUGGGUUUGUCAACCACGACUACACUCGAUUCACCAGUCCAGCUUACUCCUUCCACCAGAGGCUGAAAAACAGACGUGAGUAGUUGAACCGCCGAGUGGUUACCUGUAAGGUAAAAGAGCAAUGCUUGAGGAGGAGGCUGUGUCUUCUAUAUGGGCUGUGGUUGCUUGAGUGGGUGGGUGGCAGUUGUUUGCAGUGAUUAACAGCCAUUUGUGAGGUGCUUUCACAUGCACAUGUGUGCACGCACACACACACUUUUCCAGGUGUUCUGGGUAAUGAAGUUUGAUCCAGCAGAAUUCAUCUAAUUGUCGGCCAAUUGGUGCCACAGAAGGAUAGAACUUUCUUCAUGUAUGCCACAACAGCAGCAAGAAUACUCAUCGCAAAAGUAUUGGAAGACACAAGAUCUACCCACUUUGGAAGAAUGGCAGAUGAAGGUGAUGGACUAUAUGGAAUUGGCAGAAAUGACUGGCAGAAUCCGAGACCAGGGAGAAGAGUCGGUGGAAGAAGAUUGGAAGAAAUUUAAAGACUAUUUACAGAAGUAUUGUAAAAUUAAUAAAUGAUAGAAUGAUGUUGGAUAGUAAUUAAGCGGUUUCCAGCUGUAAUGUUCUAAGAGAAUAUGAAAAAAGGGUUAUAAAUGGGUUAAAAUCUAAUGGUAAGGAUUUGCUGAACCAAUAAAUUGAAGUGGAAUACAAAAAGGGAGGUACGAGGAGGUCCGGGAAACAAGCUAAAGGAAAAUAAGUAAUAGAAAAUAUGUGUGUUUUUAACUGUUUUUAUUUUGUAUUUUUCUUUUUUCUUUUUCAUUUUCACUGUAAUAUUUCAAAAAACCUUAAUAAAUAUCUUAUAAAAAAACAAAAACAAAACAGAAUUCAUCUAAAAGCCCUAAACAGCCUCGGUCCAGUAUACCUGAAGGAGCGUCUCCACCUCCAGCGUUCUGCCCGGACACUGAGGUCCAGCUCCGAGGGCCUUCUGGCGGUUUCCUCACUGCAAGAAGCCAAGUUACAGGGAACCAGGCAGAGGGCCUUCUCGGUGGUGGCGCCCGCCGUGUGGACCGCCCUCCCAUCAGAUGUCAAAGAGAAAAAGAACUACCAAACUUUUAGAAGACAUCUGAAGGCAGCCCUGUUUAGGGAAGCUUUUAAUGUUUAAUAGGUUAUUGUAUUUUAGUGUUUUGUUGGAAGCUGCCCAGAGUGGCUGGGGAAACCCAGCCAGAUGGGCGGGGUAUAAAUAAUAAAUUAUUAUUAUUUAUUACAGUGUCAAGGAGGAGGGGGCAUGCUUAGGGAAAGGGCCCUACUGAGGCCAUCUUGCCCACAUGGCUGCCUCUAAAUCACACACACACACACACACACACACACACACACACACACAAAUAUUCAGAUGCAGCGGUGUUACCAGCCAUGCAACAGGCUUGGAAACUUCCAAAAUGCUUUUGAAUAUUUCUUCCAGGAAGUUCAAAUGGGGUGUCCAGAUGUGGACAGAUGUGCUGGAAUGUGUGGAAGGUGUGUGCAUUGCCUCCAAAGUCAGAACAGAAGAGCACUUAAGGGGUGAUAUGAUAGCCAUGUUCAAAUAUAUAAAAGGAUGUCACAUAGAGGGAGGGAGAAAGGUUGUUUUCUGCUGCUCCAGAGAAGCGGACACGGAGCAAUGGAUCCAAACUACAAGAAAGAAGAUUCCACCUAAACAUUAGGAAGAACUUCCUGACAGUAAGAGCUGUUCGACAGUGGAAUUUGCUGCCAAGGAGUGUGGUGGAGUCUCCUUCUUUGGAGGUCUUUAAGCAGAGGCUUGACAACCAUAUGUCAGGAGUGCUCUGAUGGUGUUUCCUGCUUGGCAGGGGGUUGGACUCGGUGGCCCUUGUGGUCUCUUCCAACUCUAUGAUUCUAUGAUUCUAUUCUAUGAUUCUAUGCAGCGCAGCGACGAAGCACAGGCAAAACUUUCCUAAAUCCGCAGAAGGCACGGUUAAAAUUAGCACAUGAAGAGGAAUAAAGGGAUGUACAUGUUCUCAAAGUUAACGGAGCUUUGCUUAUAAAACAAAUGAACAUGACUGCAAUGGAGACGAGAUAAACAUUUGACAGGUGGCAUGAAUAGCUGUCAGGAUUCAAGUCUCCAUGACAAUUUUCAGAGAUGGAGCCCACAAACGUCUCUCUGCACUUGGCAGCCUUUGCCACAAACAGUAUCCAACUUUAGCACUGCUCAGAGUAGUCCCACUGAGAUUAAAGGACCUGCGUGCAUUUUUGUCAGUGAGUCAUCUCUGACCAGGGCCGGAUUAUUGGUUUGAUGAGGCCCUCAGCUACUGAAGGUAAUGGGGCCCCUUCUAUGUCCAGCUGUCCUUUGACAACAACAAGCGGUCACUGUUUUUGUGUUGAAUAUAGGAGUAUAUGGCAGGGGUCAGCAACCUAAGGCCCAUGGGCCAGAAGAAGAAGAAGAAGAGUUUGGAUUUGAUAUCCCGCCUUUCACUCCCUUUAAGGAGUCUCAAGCGGCUAACAUUCUCCUUUCUCCUUCCUGCCCCACAACAAACACUCUGUGAGGUGAGUGGGGCUGAGAGACUUCAGAGAAGUGUGACUAGCCCAAGGUCACCCAGCAGCUGCAGGUGGAGGAGCGGAGACGCGAACCCGGUUCACCAGAUUACGAGUCCACCGCUCUUAACCACUACACAGCACUGGCUCUGGUGUAGCCGGAAAAGGUCGUUUGACCAGCCCACGAGCCACCCCCCCGAACUGAGCUGCCCAUUCGUGCGCUGCACUAAAUUGGCACAGCGCAGGGUGGGGACUCGAAAAUUGCGUCUGUGUCUGCGCAUGCGCAGGUGCUGAAAAUCACAGGUGCACACACGAUCUAGCCCUUGAAGGGAUCUCUGCGGGACCGAUCCAGCCCAGGCAAGAUAAACUUUGCUGAUCCCUGCUAUACGGUAAUGCAAGCAGUCCAUGCAGAAUGUAGGCACCCUAUAUAUAGAAAGGAGCAAACCAGGGAUAUUUUAGGGAGCAGGCUAGCAGGCGGGGGACAUGACUUACAUCUUGGAGCCUACACAACACAAAACACUGCUGCUGUAAGUAGGUUUUGUAAUAAACGAAAAUCUGUCCUUAUUCCCUCUUGGGCAAGGUGAUUGAGCACGUGGUUGCUGAACAACUCCAGGCACGCCUGGAGGAUGCGGACCAUUUGGAUCCCUUCCAAUCGGGAUUCAGGCCUCACCAUGGGACUGAAACUGCCUUGGUCGCGCUGGUUGAUGAUCUCCGGCGAGCUAGGGACAAAGGUGAGAGUUGUUUCCUGGUUCUGCUGGAUCUCUCAGCGGCCUUUGAUACAAUCGACCAUAACAUCCUUCUGGACCGUCUAGAGGGGCUGGGAGCUGGGGGCACUGUUAUACAGUGGUUUCGCUCCUUCCUCCUGGGCCGUGUUCAGAAAGUGGUGGUGGGGAUGAGUGUUCAGACCCUGGGCCCUCACUUGUGGGGUGCCUCUGGGUUCCGUCCUCUCCCCCAUGCUUUUUAACAUCUAUAUCACCCCGCGGGGAGAGAUCAUCUGGGGAUUGGGACUGGGUGUCCAUCAAUAUGCAGAUGAUACCCAGCUCUACCUCUCUUUCAAAUCAGAACCAGUGAAGGCGGUGAAGGUCCUGUGUGAGUGCCUGGAGGCGGUUGGAGGAUGGAUGGCGGCUAAUGGAUUGAAGUUGAAUCCUGACAAGACAGAAGUAUUGUUUUUGGGGGACGGGGGGGGCUGGUGUGGAGGACUCCCUGGUCCUGAAUAGGGUAACUGUGCCCCUGAAGGACCAGGUGCGCAGCCUGGGAGUCAUUUUGGACUCACAGCUGUCCAUGGAGGCGCAGGUCAAUUCUGUAUCCAGGGCAGCUGUCUACCAACUCCACCUGGUACGCAGGCUGAGACCCUACCUGCCCGCGGACUGUCUCGCCAGAGUGGUGCAUGCUCUAGUUAUCUCCCGCUUGGACUACUGCAAUGCGCUCUACGUGGGGCUACCUUUGAAGGUGACCCGGAAACUACAAUUAAUCCAGAAUGCGGCAGCUAGACUGGUGACUGGGGCGGCCGCCGCGACCCCAUAACACCGGGCUUGAAAGACCUACAUUGGCUCCCAGUACGUUUCCGAGCACAAUUCCAAAGUGUUGGUGUUGACCUUUAAAGCCCUAAACGGCCUCGGCCCAGUAUACCUGAAGGAGCGUCUCCACCCCCAUCGUUCUGCCCGGACGCUGAGGUCCAGCGCCGAGGGCCUUCUGGCGGUUCCCUCAUUGCGAGAAGCAAAGCUACAGGGAACCAGGCAGAGGGCCUUCUCGGUAGUGGCGCCCGCCCUGUGGAACGCCCUCCCAUCAGAUGUCAAAGCGAUAAAUAACUACCUGACAUUUAGAAGGCAUCUUAAGGCAGCCCUGUUCAGGAAGCUUUUAAUCUGUGAUAUUUUACUGUAUUUUUUGUUUCUAUGGAAGCCGCCCAGAGUGGCUGGGGAAACCCAGCCAGAUUGGCGGGGUACAAAUAAUAAAUUAUUAUUAUUAUUAUUAUUAUUAUUAUGGGGGACAACAAGAGCCCUCAUAGAGUCCUUGGUAAGUUCUCCAUCGGUUGGAGGAAAAAACAGAGGGCAACCAGAGAAUAUUGAGGUAUGCUGUCCCUCUCCAGGUGUACCCAUUGUUUUAUCUCGUCUUCUAGUAUAUCCGCUGUUGUUGUUUUUCCUCCUCUCCAGUAGACCUGAAGGAUUCAAGUCCUGGGCCGUGUUACUUCGUGCACCCUGAACUCACGCGCUUUGGCCGGGCGAAGGGACCUUCCUACUCCAUGCUGGCAAGAGCGAGACCCCCGGGUAAGUGGGCAGGCGGGCUUUUGAAACACCCAUGAAACAGAGAGCAUGCAAUAUAGGGGAGGUUGGGUACCAACUAGAUUGCUGCGAGAUGGUCAGGCUGGGUCUGCCCUCGGAGACGGCAUAAAUGUUGCAGCGGGUUCAAAACGCAGAGGCUAGACUAUGAGCUUUACCCGGCUGCCGGUUUGUUUCUGGGCCCAAUUCUGGUGCUCAUCUGGGCCCAGUUCUGGUGAUCAGCAGUUCCUCCACCCUCAGAGGCUUGAGGUGGUGCUGGCCUUGCAGGAGAGGGUCUCUAAGUGGGAGAUCUCCCCACAAAAGUGCUUCUGGUAUCUUCAUCGUACCGCUUUCAGCAAACCGCUGACGACAGACCUCUUUACCCCGGCUUUUGACACUUGAGAUGGAUAUUUGGUGACGGGGAGGGGCCGCCGAGACCACAUAACACCGGUCCUGAAAGACCUCCAUUGGCUCCUAGGACGUUUCCGAGCACAAUUCAAAGUGUUGGUGCUGACCUUGAAAGCCCUAAACGGCCUCAGCCCAGUACACCUGAAGGAGCGUCUCCACCCCCAUCGUUCUGCCCGGACACUGAGGUCUAGCGCCGAGGGCCUUCUGGCGGUUCCCUCCCUGCGAGAAGUGAGGUUGCAGGGAACCAGGCAGAGGGCCUUCUCAGUGGUGGUGCCCGCCCUGUGGAACGCCCUCCCAUCAGAUGUCAAGGAAAUAAACAACUAUCUGAUUUUUAGAACCCCAUAGUCACCUUUGACUUAACCGUCCAGGGGUCAUUUGCCUUUUUUUUUACUUAGUAAUAAUUUGACUCCUGGGACGCGGGUGGCGCUGUGGGUUAAACCACAGAGCCUAGGGCUUGCCAAUCAGAAGGUCGGCGGUUUGAAUCCCUGCGACGGGGUGAACUCCCGUUGCUCUGUCCCUGCUCCUGCCAACCUAGCAGUUCAAAAGCACGUCAAGGUGCAAGUAGAUAAAUAGGUACCGCUCCGGCGGGAAGGUAAUUGGCGUUCCAUGCGCUGCUCUGGUUCGCCAGAAGCGGCUUAGUCCUGCUAGCCACAUGACCCGGAAGCUGUACGCCCGCUCCCUUGGCCAAUAAAUCGAGAUGAGCGCCGCAACCCCAGAGUCGGUCAUGACUGGACCUAAUUGUCAGGGGUCUCUUUACCUUAAUUCAAGCCCCAAAUUGGGCAUAAGAUUCCUGCAUUGCUGGGGGUUGGGCUGUAUGACCCACGCAACUGUUCAGGGAAGUUUUUAACGUGUGAUAUUUUACUGUAUUUUUGGUUUCUAUGGAAGCCGCCCAGAGUGGCUGGGGAGGCCCAGCCAGAUGGGCGGGGUAUAAAUAAUAAAUUUAUUAUUAUUAUUAUUAUUAUUAUUAUUAUUAUUAUUAUUACCCCUUCCAUCUCCUCAAUUCAGCUCUGUGCAAAGCUACUUCCUGUUCUCCGACCACUACACCACACUACCUCUGCGCCGAGCUGUGUUCAAUGGUGUGUAUUUUCCCUCCAGGUCUGCCCCAGACCCCUGGGCCGGGGGCGUACAGCCCUGAGAGGGCUCCUCCUCCGUCUCAGCAGAGACCGCCUUCCUUUUCCAUCGGGGCCCGCACCAAAAGCCGCCUGGUGGACCCCGUCCCGGCCCCCAACAGCUACACCCUCCCCUCGCUGCUUGGCCCGCGGGUGCCCAGCAAGCCCUCGAGUCCAUCCUUCACCAUCCGUGGCUGGAACGCCAAGGGGAGCUACGCCGAAGACCUCUCCCAGACCCCCGGCCCGGGGCGUUACAACACCACAGACCCCAGUGUUUAUCUGUGUCGGCCCCCGUCGUUCUCCAUGCUGGGGAGGUUGAAGAAGCCCACACAGGUCUCCCACACCCCGGGCCCCGGGGCCCACAGCCCAGAGAAGGUGAAGGUUCAUAGGGCGAGAGCCCCUUCCUACUCCCUCGGGGUCCGCCACUCGGAAUUCCUCAUGCCCCUCAUCACGGAUGUUCCAGAGUGGUAG